AUGCCGACGACGGACCACAGCGACAAAGUUCUUGAUGAGUUUACCAAUGCGGACAAUGUCGCGUAUCAGCGUCAACUCAUCGCUGAUCUCGAGGCAGCCUACCGCACGACCCUCUCAAAGAGCUCGACGAGGUUUGAGAAAGAACGCGCAAACUCUGAGUCCGCCGCUGCUGAGACCACGGCCGUGAACGAAACACCUGUGAACGACACCUUCGUGGAGGAAAAGCCUGUGGAAAACCUGUGA